UGGCUAAAAACAUGAUCUUAGUGAUUAACGUUGUUUUAUUUUCUAUAAUAAUUCAUUUUGUUACUUUCAAUAAUGCUGCUAAUAUUUUAGCAUUAUUUCCAAUGUCUAGUAAAAGCCAUGCAAUGAUUGGAUAUGAUUUGUGUGAAUCGUUAGCGAAACGAGGACAUAAUGUAACUCACGUAAGUGCUUUUCCAAGAGGAACAAAAUUACAAAAUUAUUAUGAAGUAGAUUUAACCGAUUUUAUGAAUUCUUUUCAAGAAACGGAAAAUUCCAACACAGGUAUAAUCUCAAUAUUUACGGAUGGUUUAAUCAGCUAUACGAAUAAAGUUUUUGAAUUUUAUGGACAAUUAACAGAAAUAGUUCUAAGGGAUAAAAAUUUACAAAAAAUAAUCAAUUCAAAACAAAAUUUUGAUGUAAUUUUAAUGGGAGCAAUUUCACAAGAAGCUUUACUAGGUAUUGGUCAUCAUUUCAGGGCGCCAAUAAUAAUAACGUCACCAUCAGGAAUGAAUAUGUUCGUCGAUGAUUUAGUCGGAAACCAAGCACCAUAUUCAUAUGUUCCAAAUAUGCUUUUAAAUUAUUCAAAUCGGAUGACAUUUAUUCAACGUUUUGUGAACUCCGUAAUUGGAUUUUAUGUAAAUAUUUACAAACACGUUGUGCAUUAUCCAAAUCAAAAUAAAAUUUUAUAUAAAUAUUUUCAAAAUGCUCCAGACAUACAUGAAUUGAUGAAAAAUGUAGCUAUUGUUUUGAGUAAUUCACACGAAAGUGUUUCAUUUCCUCGACCAUUAGUUAAAAAUGUCGUCAACGUGGCUGGCUUACAUGUACUAGAACCAAAAAUGUUACCAUCUGAUUUAAAAAAAUUUAUGGACAAUGCACAACAUGGAGUUAUUUAUUUUAGCCUUGGAUCGAAUAUUAGAAGUCAAGAAAUGCCAAUGGAAAUAAAAAAGAGUUUUGUUAAAGCUUUUUCCAAAUUAAAACAGAAAGUAUUAUGGAAAUGGGAUGAGCCUACAAUUGAAGGUUUAUCUGAUAAUGUUCGUCUUAGUACAUGGUGUCCACAAAAUGAUAUUUUGGCACACUCAAACGUUAAAAUUUUUAUAACACAUGGUGGACGCUUGAGUACAAUUGAAGCUCUCACUAUGAAAUUUGUGUUCCGUUGGAUUACCAAAAUAUUACAGAAGAUAUAAUUUCCUCAGCUAUAAAUGAAGUACUUUCUAAUAAAAAAUACUACCGAAAUGCAAAACAACGAUCAAACAUUAUAAAUGAUCAAUUAGUGCAUCCAUUAGACAGAGCUGUGUAUUGGGUUGAAUAUGUAAUUCGACAUAAAGGCGCUCCACAUCUUAGAUCAGCUGGUACAGAUAUACCAUUGUA